AUGUCAACCAAUGCGAAGGACUGCCUGUUUGGCCACAACGUGCCCGUCCACUACUACACCCAACAGUGUAUUGAUGUGUUUGGGCCCCAAAUCACAGCCCAAACCAUACAGAAAGCGGUGGACACCACUAACUCCUACUACGGGGGUCGCCAGCCUAAUGUGACAAACGUGGUAUUCCCUAACGGCUCACUGGAUCCAUGGCACGCAUUGAGUGUACUACAAGACCUAAACAACAGCACCAAAGCGGUGGUCAUCUCAGGUACCGCCCAUUGCACUGACAUGGAGUACUCGGACAGAGAGACCCAAAGUCUCAAAGAUGCCCACAAUUUGAUUACAAAUGAAUUGCAAGAAUUUCUAAAAUAA